CGGCGAACACGGGCUGCUAUUGGCUGAGAGGGACGUCAAUCACGACGAUCUGUGAUUCUAUUGGUCAACGCGCCGCUAGGAAAAGGCUGUUGGACUUGUGUCUUCUCCUGCUACGUGCUAGGAGGCGUCACAUGGGACACAACAGUUUAACCUGACAGCUGAACUCUGCAGUCCUGUUGAACCUGUCACCCACUCCUCCUCCUCCUGCUCCUCCUCCUGCUCCUGCUCCUCCAGGAUCGGACCACUCAGGCAAACAACAUGGCAAACAUUGGCAGACUUUCCACCAAGGACACGGUGCUCUUCCUGUGUGACAUGCAGGAGAAGUUCAGACCCAACAUCUUCCAGUUCACCAACAUUGUCAGCAAUGCGGCCAGAUUGCUCCAGGCCAGUCGCGUUCUGGGCAUCCCCCCCAUUUUGACGGAGCAGUACCCUAAAGGUUUGGGUCCCACUGUACCAGAGCUGGGAGCCUCAGAUCUGAAAGCUUACGCUAAAACUUCAUUCACCAUGAUGAUCGAGGAGGUGGAGAGGCAGCUGGAGGCCCUGGGGAACCCCAAGCAGGCUAUACUGUGUGGGAUAGAGGCGCACGCCUGUAUUGCGUGCACAGCAUACGACCUGCUUGAAAAGGGAAUGGAGGUUCAUAUUGUGGCUGACGCUGUCUCAUCCAGAAGCCAGACAGACCGUUUGUUUGCUCUGUCCCGGCUGAAGCAGAGCGGAGCGUACCUCACCACCACAGAGGCUGUUAUGCUGCAGCUGGUUCAGGAUGCUAAACACCCCAACUUCAAGGAGAUCCAGAAGCUUUUGGCCCACCCAUCCCCUGACACCGGCCUCCUCGCCUUCUUCAGCGCCCUGUAGGGAGACAGACAUUGUACAGAAAUUCACUGUUGCAUCCAACAUCCUGAUGAAGUACUUCAAUAAAGUGAUGCUGCUACUUUAAAUUA